GUAAGAAUGACGAAGUUCUGCUCUGGACGGAUGCGGCAAUGGCGAUAACGUCACUACUGUGGAUAGAUAGAGUUGGAGCGGAAUGGCAUUUAUCCAUAUCCCCCCGCCCCCAUAUUAACGUCUCCCACUAGACUACGUAUCAACUAACUAUAAACUCUUACCCGACGCUUCAAUUCGUCCUCAGGCGAUCGACUCCCAAUUUACAAUCCAUUAUUAUAUUCUUCUUCUUCUUCUUCCAUUUGGCAUACAGAUUUGUUACAGAUCCAGGAUUCAUGGCGGAUGAUCGCCCCGGAAUCGACGCCGGCGCCGCUUUCGUCCUCGAAUCCAAAGGGGAAUGGUGGCACGCCGGGUUCCAUCUGACGACGGCGAUAGUGGGCCCCACCGUACUGACUCUUCCGUACACAUUCCGGGGACUGGGCUGGGGCCUCGGAUUCUUCUGCCUCACCGCCAUGGGACUCGUCACCUUCUACGCCUACUACCUCAUGUCCCUUGUGCUUGACCACUGUGAGAAGUCUGGGCGGCGCCAUAUCCGAUUCCGCGAGCUCGCCGCCGACGUCUUAGGUGCUGGGUGGAUGUUUUACUUUGUGAUACUCAUUCAAACCGCCAUAAACACUGGAAUUAGCAUUGGAUCUAUUUUGCUUGCUGGAGAAUGUAUCCAGAUCAUGUACUCAAACCUUUCUCCACAUGGAUCAUUGAAAUUGUACGACUUCGUAGCAAUAGUAACAGGAGUCCAGAUAGUUCUCUCCCAGAUUCCAUCCUUCCACUCCCUAAGGCACAUCAACCUGGUUUCACUCUUCCUGAGCUUGGGUUACACGUUUCUCGUUGUCGGUGCUUGCAUUCAUGCUGGUACGUCAAAAAAUGCACCGUCAAGAGAUUACUCAUUAGAAACUUCAAAGAUGUCACGAAUGUUCAGUGCAUUCACUUCCAUAUCCAUUAUAGCUGCCAUUUUUGGGAAUGGGAUACUGCCUGAAAUACAGGCAACUCUUGCACCGCCAGCAACUGGGAAGAUGGUGAAAGGGCUCACAAUGUGUUACUCUGUGAUUCUAGUUACCUUCUACUCUACAGCUAUCUCAGGAUAUUGGGUAUUUGGAAAUAAGUCCAAUUCAAACAUCCUCAAGAGCUUACUCCCUGACAAGGGACCUCCAUUGGCUCCAACGUGGGUAUUGGGUCUCGGGGUUAUAUUUGUUCUUCUUCAACUCCUUGCCAUUGGUUUGGUUUAUUCUCAAGUGGCAUAUGAAAUCAUGGAAACAAAAUCGGCAGAUGUGAACAAAGGGAAGUUCUCUCGGAGAAACUUGAUUCCAAGGAUAAUUCUCCGUUCCCUCUACAUGACACUAUGCGGGUUUCUGGCUGCAAUGUUACCCUUCUUUGGGGAUAUCAAUGGUGUAGUCGGAGCAAUCGGUUUCAUUCCACUAGAUUUCAUUCUCCCCAUGUUACUGUACAACAUCACUUUCAAACCUUCGAAGUCAUCCCUAACAUAUUGGAUUAACACGUCAAUCAUUAUAGUCUUUACAGGCGCAGGGCUGCUCGGCUCGUUCUCUUCUAUAAGGAAGUUGAUCCUUGAUGCCAAUAAGUUCAGGCUGUUCAGCAGUGAUGUUGUAGAUUAGUUUUCUUUUCUUCUUCUUAUAUUGUAGAGUAUAAGAACUUGCCCAUUAUGUAAUCCCUGUGAAUAGGAUUGCUAAGUUAUUCGAAGAUGGGUACAAUACCUGAUUGGAUCAAGAUCAAACUCGAGAUUUACAUGUCCAAGGAUGAUGACAAACAUGUUAAUCAAAAGCUUAAGAACCA